GAUUAAAACUGAUACAUUGACAUGUGACCGUGAGACAAAAUUUAUCCCAGUCCUUACCCGGCAUUGAUGACUCAGCAGCACUUGUCCUCAGACGAGCCCAUGACGCCAAAGUCGCAAACCCGACCCCCUUGGGAGGAGCUUCGUCGCGCGCCCAAUCCAAAACACAAUUCACCCUUUACACACAACACUCAUUCAGAAUCUCCUUUUCUAUCGCCAGGGUUGCUGUCGCAGGUAUUAGACUUGCGUGAAAUCGCAUCUAUUCCAUGUGAUCAUCAUCACUACACGUUAACUCUCUUUCUCGCUCUUUUCCUUGCCCAUCAUGACCGACUACAGCAAGCUCAAAGUUGUCGACCUCAAGGCGGAGCUCAAACAGCGUGGCUUACCACAGACGGGACUGAAGCAAGCCCUUAUUGACCGUCUUGUCGAGGAUGAUGCCAACUCUCAAUCGGCCGCUGCGGAUGAAACACCUCAAGAAGCCGAAGCAACGCCUGUUCUUGACCAGCCUGCACCGCAAGAACAACCGGAGCCGGAGGCCCAGGAAGCUGCAGGUGGCAAACCCGAAAUUUCCGUGAACAAGGAAGAGACCGAAAUUCCUCAGAAGGAACAGGAGGAACAAGUGACGGGUAUUUCAAAGCAGGAAGCACAGCCGGCUCCUGAGACAAAUGGCCACCCCACUUCGCCCACUGGAGCCGACGUCUCGAGUGAGUCUAGAGGCGGCGAUGAAGCUCAAACGGAAACUGCGCAACUGCCCGUCGAAGCACCACCAUCAUCAGUGCCAGAACAGGCCACAGAAGCUACACGAAGUGAGGAUUCGCAAUUGCCUGAAGUUGCGCAGAAACCAGAGCCAGAAGUUGUGCCAGCAUCUGUAGACAAGACUGGAGAUGCAUCGAGUGCCGGCCAGACUGUUGCGCCCACGCCAACUUCAGUUACAGCGGAAGAAACACAGGAAGACAACCGGAAACGCAAACGGCGAAGUCACAGUCCCCUUCCAUUGCCUAGCGAGACGGCGCAGAAACGCGCGAAGCAGGAGGACCACGGUGGAGAGGUCCAAUUUCACGAAGACGAGGAAUCAGAAAAUAAGGAUCAAAGAGCUCAAAAGGAGGGGAUCCCGAUAACACCAGAGGAGCAUGAAGAAGCGAAAAGCCAGGAGGAACUGCCUCAGAGGACCGCUGGCGGCGACGAAGCUGUUUCCGCCUCUGAAAAGGAGCAAGAGAAGCCUGAGCGCAGAGAAGAAUCACCUCAUGCUCGCGCGUCCCCGCCUGCGCGAGGCGCUGGAACAGGGGACCGACGACUCAAGGACCUCUUUUCCGAAUCCUUGAAGGAUUCCACGCGUGACAAGUCGCCGUCACGGCAAGCCGGCCCGUCGACGACAUUGGAAGAGGAAGCGGAAGAGGAGGAGGAGGAAGGUCGCACGGUCGGCCCCGCUCUGCACCCUGCCACCUCGGCUCUGUACGUCCGGGACUUUAUGCGGCCUCUCCAACCUCAUACGCUCAAAGCGCAUUUGAUUUCCCUUGCCACUCCACCAAACUCGUCUCCUGAUUCGGAGAUUCUUCGGACCUUUUUCCUCGAUCCUAUUCGCACCCACUGCUUCGCCAGCUUUUCCAAUGUAUCUGCCGCUUCACGGGUGCGCUCCGCAUUACACGGCCGUGUCUGGCCCGAUGAACGCACCCGAAAACCGCUCUGGGCGGACUUUGUGCCUGAAGAGAAGAUGGGACAGUGGAUCGAAAUGGAGCAGAGCUCGUCCGGUGGGGGCAGGCCCUCUGCCGCCAAGAGGUGGGAAGUGGUCUACGAACCUGCCGAAAAUGAUGGCGACAUGAUCGAGGCAGUCUUACGAGAAGCUGGAGCUGGCUCCUGGAGACCAGAAGCAGGUGCGGGAGCUGGCCGUGGGGUCCAGGGUGCGCCCGAAGGCCCACGUCGCAGCGAGGCAGACUUGUACGACCGCCGAAGACCGUCGGACCAAGCGUCCCGUCGACCCUCGAAGCCUGCGAAUGCAGGUUUCAUGGCCCUCGAUACAUUGUUCAAAUCGACCUCGACCAAACCCAAGAUAUACUAUUUACCAGUAUCCAAGGAUUUAUCGGAGAAACGAUUGGACGAGCUGGCAGACCGACUGGGUGGACCGGGUCGGAAUUUGAGCCGAGGCGAAGACGAAAUGAGACGUUACACAUUUGAGGAUGGAGACUUGCUGGUCGACCGCGGACUGGACGUAAAUCCGGGACGCCGAGGUGGCCCAAGCUAUAGGCGGGGAAAUAGCUAUGGCAGACGCGGAGGUUGGCGGUAAAUUGAUGGCGCGGUAACACGAGUAAAAGGUGGAUGCUGUUUCUUCUCACCCCACCCUUUUCCCCCCUUGUGUGACUUUAAUUGGAAUUGGUCAUGGUUGAUCAAUGGCUUCAACUUACAAGGAAAAUGAAAAGUUUGCAGCGAAUGAUAGCCGGGAGAUCUCAUCAAAAAUAAUAUUCUAUUCGUUCAUUGGAGCAAAUAAUGAUCGAAUGCAAUAAAUGCAGCAUUUACGAAGUGAAGAUUGGGUGACUCUGCACUGCAC